AUGAAUAUAGUGGAUUCUGGAAGUACUUCCGAGGCGGAAGACCAAUCCAAGACAUGGGGAUCUGACGCUCGAUCUCUAGCGCGCGGAAAUGAUGAUGCAAGCAGCGCGCCACUAAGUGAUUGCGGGAUCGGCCAUCGCGUGCUUGCUAGCCGCUCCGUCCUCGCAUUGGUCAUUGAUGAUGAGUGUGUCUUUGCCGGCCUUCAAGGAGGUGAUAUUGUGGCUUGGUCCCUGGAGACCUACGAUCUUGUCUUGUCGGUGCAUGCCCACAAAGAGAGCGUUCUGGGCCUGUAUUUGUCCGAGGAUGGAAAUCUGCUCUUCUCUACCGGUGGUGACUCAGUAAUUAAUGUCUGGUCCACAAGGACAUUUGAGCGACUCUACUCUAUAUAUCCUCACCAUGACGUGGGUGAUAUUUUCACCGUGGUUUAUUCCGCGAGUAAUCAGACCAUCUACUGUGGUGCGCAGAACACCAGUAUUCAAUGGUGUGAUCUGUCCGAAGAAAGCUCCCUGAGUCAAACCUCAGUAGCCCACCCAUCAAAGCGGACUCAUCGCUUUUUCGACUCCCGGGGUCCAGAUGGUACCCCUGCUCCACGACCAUCGGAUGGCGCCCACACAGUCUCCGAGGGGGGCCGAGUCAUUUCCUUUAAGCGGGACCACCAUAAGCUUUUCGCCCACCAUGGCUAUGUUUACUCCAUGCUGCUAGUCAAGGGGCUGAUUGAGUCUACUCCCUCCGAGGAGGUCUUGUUAACUGGUUCUGGGGAUGGUGCCGUGAAGUUAUGGCGGAUCGGGCAGCAGCCGGGAGCUGUACCGACUCAAAUCGCGAAGUUGCAGAAUGAAGACCCUGUCCUCUCCAUCGCCGUGGAAGGCUCACUACUCUACUGUGGCCUGGCGGGUGGCGCUCUGAACAUCUGGAAUCUGGACUCUCAGCAAUUAGUCAAGCGGAUUGUUCACCACACUGGUGACCUAUGGGCGGUCCAUGUGAUUCAAGGGGUAGCUAUUUGUGGAGACUCAACAGGAACAGUCAAGAAAUUUAACUCCCGAUUUGAGGAAGUUGGCGGAUGGAUCGCUCACGAAGGCACUAUGCUUGCAUCUGCUACCGGCCGAGUCAAGAACCGACACAUCUAUGCCACGGGUGGCAACGAUAACUCGGUUGGUAUUUGGGACUUGACAGAAUUCUUUCUCAAUCAAGAUGAGCUACCGCCUAUCAGCAACGAUGAAAUGGUGAACAGCUUGGCCAAGUUUGUUUCAUUCAAGACCAUAUCCGCAAGUCCCAAAUUCAAGGGCGAGUGCAAUCAAGGAGCAGCAUUUCUCCGUCGGCACUGCAACUACCUUGGUGCAAACACAAAGCUUUUGACUACUGGCGAGGACACUAAUCCAGUUGUGUAUGCCCGUUUCAAUGCGAACUCGCCAGACAAAGUUGACAAGACGAUUCUUUUCUACGGCCACUACGACGUUGUUGGUGCCGAUACCAAUCGUCCCAAGUGGAGAUCCGACCCUUAUCAGUUGACUUCGAUCAAUGGAUUCCUCUAUGGUCGUGGUGUCUCUGACAACAAAGGACCGAUCUUGGCGUCUCUGUAUGCUGCCGCUGACCUUACUCGAACAAAGUCACUUCGUUGCAAUGUGGUCUUUUUGAUUGAGGGAGAGGAAGAAUCUGGAUCACAAGGAUUUCACCAAACUGUGCAUGAGCACCAGGCUGAAAUCGGUUCUGUGGAUUGGAUUUUACUCGCCAACAGUUAUUGGCUCGAUGACUACAACCCCUGUCUGACCUACGGUCUUCGAGGUGUGGUGCAUGCCAACUUAGUCGUGACUAGCGAUCACCCUGAUCUGCACAGUGGUAUCGAUGGCAGUGCUUUGCUUGACGAACCAGUCAAAGAUGUAGCGCUUUUGGUAUCGACUCUGGUUGGGCGAAAGGGUCGAAUCAAUCUGCCUGGUUUCCACGACCCGGUCAGUCCAAUCACAGAGGCUGAGCAGAAGCGAUUCGAGGCCAUUGCGGAUAUCUUGCUACCUCAGCACCCAGAGAUUCAAGACCGCCAGGCCUUGGUUAAGUCGCUCAUGUACCGCUGGCGCGAGCCGUCGCUGACAAUUCACUCGAUGGAAGUCCCCGGCAGCAAGAACGCAACUACAACCAUUGCCCGACAUGCGAAGGCUAGUCUCUCGAUCCGUAUCGUUCCAGAUCAACAAGCGGACGAAGUCGCAGCCACUCUCACUGCAUUCGCUCAGGAACAAUUCGCAUUACUGGAAUCACAAAAUGACCUCACGGUCGAGAUUACUGGAAAAUCAGAUGCCUGGCUGGGAGACCCAGACAAUGAAAUCUUCGCCACACUUUCCGAAGCAAUCACUGUGGCAUGGACGCCAGACCAGCAAGGCUCGAAAUAUCAGUAUCCGCCAAUGACCCCUCCCAUAAAUGGAAGGCAACCUGCCACCCCCAAACCGGCCAUUCCUUCAGGCCCGAGCCUUCUUCGCAAGGAUUCCUCGGACAGCCUAGCAUCACGCGUUGACCGUGUGAUUACAUCUUCCACCACCUUAUCCCCCGAAAAAUCGGCUGCCCGUAAGCGGUCUGUGCAGUCUGCCACUGUCCCAACUUCUUCCACCCUUACUCAAACAGCCACAACCCCCGAUGACUCCUCUUCGUUGCCCAUUCGAACCAAGUCCGACGCACAGUCUGAGACCCUCGUCUCCACAUCAGCAUCCUCCACCCCAAUCACUUCGCCCGCAACGGUGAAGCCCAUUUUCAUUCGUGAAGGUGGAUCAAUCCCGACUAUUCGCUUCCUGGAGAAGGUAUUCUCAGCCCCUGCGGCUAAUCUACCCUGUGGACAAGCAAGUGACAACGCCCACCUGGAUAAUGAGCGCAUGCGUGUGGAGAACUUGUACAAGAGUCGAGAGAUCUUCCGAUAUGUGUUUGCUAAUUUGGUUGACAAAACGUAA